CUUGGUUAUACUGCCUUUGCAUUUCUAAUAGCCCAUCGUGCCCAAUCCACAAAAUCCCAGACUUGCUUUCGAUGCCGUUGCAUUUGUAACAGUCCAUUGUUCCCCAUCAACAAAAAAACUUCCAUGCAGGUUCCAUUUGGGCAUGUUACCAACACACAGCCCUUAUGUGGCUUCAUUUGUAGUCACUGCACUCAGCCUUUUAUUUUCUUCAGUGGACUGACCUGUUACACAAGCCCGGCCCUCAAGUCACCUCCAGGUGUCAGACGCUAGGCAACCAGCAAGCACACACACAGUCACACACAUACAUACACGCUGCGACUGUGCAAACGCUGGCUGGAUAGUCAGAACACUCUCUGCAGCCCAAGAAGGAAUCCCUGUGCUGUGUCCCCGAAUUUGGCUGAAAUAUGGAUGAAUUACAUCACUGGCUUGAAGUCAGAAUCUCAUCUUCACUGAGACCAAGGACAGAUGAUAUUAAAUCUUUGCUGCUUAAUCAUAAACACAAGUCUUGCCUGUCGGAAUUUCUAAAGAACGAGGAUGUUCACACAUUGUAUGUAUAUUUCAAACUUGCCAAGGCUUCCCUUGCAGCCUCAGUAUCGCCCCCUCCUGCCCUACACAACAAAUGCAUUUGUUUUCUGAAACUGGGGAAAACAGUAAAGCUGACUCUGGAAAACAUAGGUCAAAAUGUGCUUUGUGUGGACUGUGCCAGAUUUCCAUUGAAGUACUUUGACACGAUCCUUCACCAAGUCUACCUGCCCCUUCUCUGCAAUGACGGUGUGAUAGCAGGAGAAACUAUUAGCGCUGACAAAGUCAUCGACCUUUUGCACAGGUUUUCUGGAAAUUUGGAGGUUUUAGCUGGUCAUGCUGAGGGUUCCAUUGUGCUCCCUAUGCCUUCCAUCGAACUACUGAGAAAUCCGUCCCUCUUUAGUAAACAUGGAGCCGCCAUUCAUGUAAUGGAAACAACCGUUAUUGGCUGGGUAAGACAAAUUAAGUUUGUGUUGAAGCACGACCCUCUUACAGAAAUUAAAACCCAUGGUUCAAAAGCUAAUAUAUACCACGAAGAGAGCAUUUGGAAUUUACAUAUCCAUAACCUGCAAGCUAUCAACACACAACUCAUUUCUGCUCAGGCCAUGGAGAUUGUCUCACAUCUAGAACAAGCAGAAAGUACUUAUGGAUCUGUUGUAACAGCCGUCAGAAGAGAUGUGACGAAGGCACUUUCGGAGGCUAAGGAAAAUCUGGCUUUUUUGAAGGCCUUGUUAAAAUGGUUUGAUCUGCUUAAAUCUACUACUUCAGCUUCAGAAAGAGUAAAAAAUCUCCUCCCAAUGCUACACUGUUUGCUUUUGGUUUGGACACAUUCAAGAUACUAUCAUCAAAGAAAAGUAUUUCUAAAUCUUUUAAAACUAAUGUCCAAUGAAAUAGUCAAGGUAUCAGGAAAUCUGCUUGGAACCAACAUACUGGGCAACUCACAAGCAAACAGUGACCUUAAAGAAGCUUUAAAACUCUGUGGAACUUUUCGGGGAACUUACUUGGACAUCAAGAUUAAAGCUGAUAGAAUCAACACUGAGAAGAAUGAAGAACAUGACCAGAUAAUAGCCAAACAAUCAGUAGAUAACAUCUGGAAUGUGAGAACCUAUAGACAAUUAGCACCAAAGUUUUUGGGCAAAGACUGGGCUUCUGCUAAGGACAAAAUGCAAGGAGAGGACAGUCAAGAAUUAUGGGUUGAUUCACCAUGGCCUCCCCACAAUGCCAAGUGCUUUAAUAACAUGAACUUGUUUAUGGAAAGGUGCAACGAUGUCCUUGAUCUGGUGGAUACCAUGAAGCAUUUUCAGAUUCUAAAGUCAGUGGUGGCUAUAGGAGGUGCUGGGACUUCCAGUUUGGAUGCUAUGGUUCAAGAUAUAUGGGAGUCAUACAGAAAAGCUGAGGAGACUUUUGUUCACCAAAUAACAGAUAUUAUUACUACUGACAAAAAUAGUCCUUUUGAGAAAGAAUUUUUUGACUUUAGAACUACAAUAAAGGACCUAGAACACCAACUUGGUGGGAUUCUCAGGAGCAGUUUUGAUCAAUGCCCUAACAUAGCAUCACAGCUCCGACUACUGGAGGUAUUUGAAGGCAUCAGUAGAAGAGACAUUGUAAAGGAUCAUCUCAUGGAAAAGGAUCAGAAAUUGGUUUCUUUGUUUAUAGAAGAAUUGACGGAGGUGCAGAACAUGUACAGUGCAGCAGCAAAUAGUCCUCCUUUGCACAUUAAUAUGACACCCACUCUAAGUAAGCUCCUGUGGAUACGAGGACUGAAAGCUCGGAUCUCUGACCCCAUGGGGAAACUGAAAACGGUUUCAGCGCUCACACUGGAAGGGGACAUGGGCUGGAAACUAAGACAUUUUUAUACAGACCUAGAGCAAGAAUUGGAAAGAUACGAAAAUAGUAUAAUGACAUCCUGGCUAACAGCUGCAAGUAAACAACUUAGCAACUCCAUAAAACUUCCCUUACUUAGAGCCGCUGGAUUAGAACAUGAACAUGAAGAGUUUCUUUGUAAAAUAGAACUGAACCAUAACGCUGAACUUCUUGUCUGUCUUCGCGAAGCCGAGUAUCUCUUGAAACCUCCUUUUAUGAUAAAGCUCCCUGAAUCAACUGAAUGUCUUGUGAAAAAUCUACACCUACACAAGUUCACUCAGUUAUCUGCUCGCUUGGAGACUGUUGUAUCAAAAUAUAACGAAGUCAUGAAAUCCAUAACCUACCACCAGAGGUCACUGUUUGAAAAGAAACUGUUAAAAAGCCAGGAGAUUCUGAAAGAAGGAAUGGGUUUUUUCACCUGGGGCAUGGAUGAGAGUGAGGAUUAUGCUGAGCUUGUGACGUCCUGUGUGUGCACAGAUCUUUACACCAACUUCAGCAUAGUUACCAACAAUUACAAGAUGAUUACCCAGCUCACAGCAGCGUGGUGCACAGCAAACCUUGACAUCUUCACCUGUCGAGAUAAAAACAGAAGCUAUUCUAUUACUGAAUUAAUAAUGAUGCAAAAAAAACUUGAACAGGAGUUUGAAAACAUCCUGAUACCAGAUGGACAGAAAAUUCACAGCCUCGUUCAUCAGUCCCUCUUUGCCAGUGGGAUUAGUGAGGCCUCUCCAGCUUGGCAGGACUAUAUAAUGCACAUUGAUUCUUUGGUGUUGCAAGGUUUGAAGAAAGUUACCAUUACUAGCCUGGCGUCAAUGCUUAAUACCCUACUAGAAACUGAGCAGUUUCCCAUUCUGUGUGUGGGAGUUCAGUUAGUUAACAGCGAAGUUUCCUUUACUCCACCGUUGGACUGCAGUACAUCAGAACAAAGCAUAAUAGAGAAUAUUGAAGAAUGGCUUAAAAUGUUUCUCUUAAGAGGAUCUCAUGUGCAAGGAUUUUCCUCUGCUGUAAAGGGGGGCUACCAGCAGCACUUGUCAGAAGAUGAAGAAGCCUUGCAAUUGAUUGGUCACAUAUUGCAGCAGGUGGAGAAAUGCCUCAUGGAUUGUCAGGAAGUACUGAAGGAUUUUAACCAGUAUACUCACUUGUGGAAGAAAGAUGUCAAUUCAGAAUUCCAAAAUUUUCUCCAUGGCACACAAACUGUUACUUCUGAACUGCGUGAAGGAACUGCAAGUGGUGAGACGGGCACUGCAAACAAAAGUAGUGUGGCUGAAGCUGAGCAGAUCUUCAUUUUGCCAAGAGAUUCUUCAGGCCAAGUACACAAGGGGCCACUGCUACACAACUUUGAUUCAGAGAUAGCUGCAUAUGAGGCUGCAAGGGAUAGCAUUCAAGGAAUUCCUGAUGUGCAGAAUUGUCAGUGGGUGCAAGUGGAUCUACGGCCAAUCAAACAGGUUCUUACUGCAUACGCUCUCAAAUGGAUGUGGACUUUCACGAAGUACCUCAUAGACCAGACAUCAACUACUUUAAGGAGCUUGGAUUCUUUCUUGAAAAGCACAGAACCACAGAUAGAAAGUAUAACAGGGGAAGAACGAGACACAGGUUCCUUUAUGAAGAUGAUGCGUCUUUUUAAUAAGGUCUCUGCCAAGCAAGUAGAAAUGGAUGUUCAGUUUGCUGUACUGCAAAGAACAGUAACACUGUUGGCAAAGCAUAGCACUCAGCUUCCACCAGAAAGUGAUGUCCUUUUCAGAACAAUGCCAGCACGGUGGAACAGCAUGAAGACAAAAGUAUCACUUGCCAAACAGCGCCUAGGUCCCAGAAUACAGCAAGAAGCUGACAGGGUGACAAGGGAUCUCGAGAGAUUUCAACAUAAACUCGAUGCACUGGGUGCUGACAUUGAGACCUCAGCCAUAUACACAUGUAACUGUACAUCACAGGAAGCCUUUGCAACCAUGCAGAAUUUCAACACACGAGUACAAAUGCUGCAAAAUGAAGCUAAAGACUUAAAAGAGCUGCAAGAGCUUCUGGAAAGCACUGUGAUAGACUUCUCGAUUUUAACUAAUUGUGAAGAUUUAUUAAGAAACCUCCAACUUGUGUGGCUGAAUGUGGAUUCAAUUCUAAAAGAGCAAGCCAUGUGGAAAAGCAAGCUGUGGCAAAACAUGGAGACCGAAGAGUUGUACAAAAAAAAUGGUCAGCAAUUGAAACUGCUUCAAUCUCUGCCCAGAGAAGUCCAGGAAUGGGAUGUCUACAAACAAACUCUGGAGGCCGUCAACUCUAUUCAUAUGACAUUGCCAUUGAUAGAAGACCUUAGUAAUCCAGCAAUGAGGACAAGACAUUGGAAACAACUGGUUCGGCAAACGGGAGGGAUGCUUCGCGUGACAGCUGAUAGUUUAAAGGCAGUGACGCUCGGUGAUCUCUUAGCCAUGGAUUUACAAAAGCACACGGGUGAUGUGAAAACAAUCGUUCAGCGAGCCAUUCAAGACGUGACUAUUGAAAGCUCUUUGAAGAAUUGUGAGGAAGUCUGGCUGAGCAGAAUCUUUGACCUUCGGCCUCAUAGCCGAGUAAUAACAGCUGGGGCACACAAUGAGGAAAUUGCAAGUUCUGUGUCUGGCAGUCACUACACUAAAGGAGACAGCAGGAAUAUUGUAACUGGAAGAGGCAGUAGAAGAAUGAGCAGACAGUCAGAUAAGGGCUUUUACUUGUCGAGAAAAGGAGGCAGAGGAAGCACAAUGUCUCUAUACGAGUCUCUAAAAAAUAUUGAGGAACAUGGCACAGUCAUGCUUCUGAGAAACACGGAUGCUAUAUUUGAGGAGCUUGAACACCAUCAAUUGCUUCUGACCACCAUGCGACCUUACGCAGAAGCUGGUUCAUUCUUGGAUGAGCUGUAUAAGUGGCAUAAAAAACUUCAGGUUAUAGAAACAACAGUUCAGCUAUGGCUCUCCGUGCAGGAAAAGUGGACUCAGCUUGAAGAGGUGUUCUCCACCCUUCCAUUUCGUGUUGCCAUGCCAAGAGAAGCUGUUCUUUUUGCUGAUGUCCACCACCAUUUUUGUCGCCUUAUGAAAUCUGUGGAGGACAAUCCAAACAUACUGCAGACUUGUAUGAGAAGAGGUUUGGAGUCUCUUCUUGACAUGCUGAACUACAAAUUAGAGCGGUGCCAGCGAGCAGUUCGACUUCACUUAGAGCAAAAAAGACUGGCUUUCCCACGGCUCUUUUUCUUGUCUGUGGAGGAUACCCUAAAUAUUGUUUGCUAUGGUUAUGACCUCAAUGUGUUGAGCAGCUAUAUAAUGAAGAUAUUUCCCCAUAUACUCAGUCUUAUUAUCUAUACAAGUGAGCCUGCUUCUGAAAAUUUCUGUCCCAGAAUCAUUGGACUAAAAAGUUUUUUGAUGGAAGAUUUGUACCUUACUGAGCCACUUGAAUGUAGAGGCCCUGUGGAGUGUUGGUUAUCGCAACUUGUAGACAGCAUAAAAGUUUCCCUUCAGAAUAAACUAAGGGAAGCUCUGGAGCACACAAAAACUUUUCAAUGGAGGCGAAAAGAGAUACACAGUGCAGGAGCUCGACGGGUGGUGAUAAACAAAGAACCUGAAGCAGAUGAGAGAAGUGCAAGUUCAUUGCUUUCAGAUGAUGGUGAAGGUUCUAAUAAGGAACCUACCUCCAGGCACUGGACUCUCUGCACUCUAAGUGAUGUAGCCUUUCUCAGCACCCAGAUUAGAUUUACCAAGGAAAUGAAGGAAACUAUUGGAAUCAGCAAUGAACACAGCAAAGAGAAACUACAGCACUGCCUUAAGGAUCUGACAGAAGGAAUUGAAUACUCUGCCAAGACAUUAAAUGAAAUUCCCCAGAAAGGCAUUCUGCAGAAGUCUAAAAGAACCUCAAAGGCAGAGAAGGAAGGAAAUGGCCAAGAUGAACAACAGAGAUCAGAACUACUCAGCAACAAUAUCAGUGAUUCCAGUGAAAAACAAGAAGAAAGUCAAACAAUCAUUAAAACAUCUUUGUCAGCAUGUGAUACUGUAAAACUUGCUAAUCAUAUACUUCUCCUUUUAUAUCAGCGUGAUGUUAUGCAACAGUACUUUAAUGAAGCAGUUCCAAAGCUGAAACUAAGUCAUCAUCUGAGCUAUGAGUAUGAUGACAAUGGUGCUAUAAAUGUGAGGAUUGGUGAUUCGGAGAUCCUCUAUGGGUAUGAAUAUCAAGGACCAUCCACACACAUGCUCAUCACACCACUGACAGAAAGAAUCUUUUUCAGUGUAAUGUCUGCAGUCUCCUCUGGGAUUGAAGCACUGUGUGCUAGUCCCCAGGGACGCGGCAAAAGAUCUACUGUGCGAGAGCUCUGCAUGGCCCUUGGUAAGCCACUUUUUCAUUUUAAUUGCACAGAGAGGACAGAUUACAGCUUUCUGCAAGAUGUCUCCAAAGGACUGGCUGCUGCAGGGGCCUGGAUUAGCAUCAGUGGACUUGAACAAUUGCCACAAUCCAGCCUUACGUUGCUUGCACAGCUUCUGGAACAAAUCCAAUCAGCAAGGCAUUGUGGGAAAGAAUCAGUCACUUUACAGUUGGAUGAAGUCCCUUUAAACCCAGCAGGAGCUUGCAUUGCAAUUAUUAAUAGGCCACCGUAUUCCACUUGGAAUUGGAAUGAAUCUCCCCAACCAAGUAAUCUGCCACACACCUUUCUAAAUAACUUUCGAAUUGUUGGAGUUUGUGAGGUGCCAGUCAUUCCCAUUCUGGAAGCUCAGCUUCUCUUGAAAGGUUUUUCAAAUGUUUCAUUUCUGGCGCAGAAGCUUAAUACCCUUCUUGAAUCCUUUACAAAGGUGUGCCAACCAUCUAUGUUAGGAGCUUUCUCAACAGGAGGAGAAAAACAUCCAUGCUUAUCUGCCUGUGGAAUCACAAAUUUGCUUGCUGAAGCUGGUGAACGUCUUAAGUCUCUCCAAAGAGCCCAGGAUGAAAGUGAAGGACAAGAACUGACAUGUACAGACAAGGACGGUCAAGUAGGCAUUGAGGAAAAAGCUAUAAUAGUGGCACUGUAUCACUUCUGGCUUCCACAGAUUUCUGAAGAUGUGGGCUAUAUGUUAAAGUGCCUGGUUUCUGUUGAAUGGCCACACGCUUUAAAUUUUUUAAAUUCCUUAAAUAAAGAAAAUAAAAUGGAUGGUCCGCUGUCUGCAAUCAUUGAUGCAAAAUAUGCUCCUAGACAGCAGGUUUCCUCAUCUGAAUGUGCCGGAGAAACCUCGGUCCCAAGUGCAAUAAUAAAAGCAGCAGAGCAAUGUCAUAUUUUUCCCAGUAAUGCAUUUGUAUCCAAAGUAUCCCAUCUGGUUCAGCUAACGUCAAAGUUCCAAACAGUCGUGGUUACAGGCCCCUCAGGAUGUGGAAAGACUCACUGCAUAAAAACCUGCUUGGAAACUCUCAAAGUACAGGGAAAGAAGGUCACCACAAGUACUAUUUUUAUUAAUGCUCUCCAGCCUGGACAUCUAAUGGGGUGCAUGAAUAAUGAAUGGAUUGAUGGAUUGUUGCCAAAAUUACUAAGGUUGCUUAACCAGCACUCCACAACAGCUGACAUCAACAAAGUGGAUGUCCUCCACCUCGAUGGAGAGGUUGAUCAUCACCAAAUGGAAUUCAUGCAAAGUAUACUAUGUGGGGCAGACGUUUUUGUUGCAGAAAAUAAUGAGCGUAUCCGGAUUCCAGAUUCUUUGCAGUUAUUUUUGGAGCUUGACUCUUUAUCCAACCUCAGCCCCUCAGUUUUGAGUUGCAUGGGCAUACUGGCCAUGACAAGAUCUGACGUAAAUUACAAACUGCCUCUUUAUGUGUGGAUUAAAAGCCUUGCCGAAGAGCAUCAGCAGCUGCUACAUCAGCUUACUGAGACAUUCCUAGAGCCAAGUUUGCAGUUUCUUCGAAAAAAUCAGAUACUCCUCACAGACGGAGAUGAAAGGAAUGGGACACCAAGAACACUAUUUCUUUCUGAGGCAAAUGUGGUUCAGACAUUCUGCAGAAUCUCAAAGUCUUUGAUGCAGCACAUACCAGAAAUGAUACACGAGGAUAUAAAGAAGUAUUUCAUGUUUGCGUGCAUUUGGUCUUUUGGAUCAUGGCUGGACUCAAAUGAAAAAAGAAUAUUCAGCAACUGGUGGAGACGAGUUUUCAGACACCACAAUACCUUUCCUCUUGAAGGACAAGUUUGGGACUAUCAUGUUGACACGGAUACGAGGCAGUUUGUCAGAUGGCAUGACACACUUUCUUCUUAUUAUGUUAGUCAUGGACAAGGCAUGGCCUCCGAGGCAUUCGUUCAUACACUGCAGACUGAGCAACUGUUAUACCUGUCAAGUCUUCUCACUACUUCAGGAUGCCCAGUUAUGUUGGCAGGAAAUGGCGGCUGUGGUAAAACAGCAAUCGUUCGGGAGCUCCUGAAUUCUCUUUGUUCUGGAGAUGUAGCAGAAAUGUUAGCACUAAGAAUCCCUAUCAACGCUUCUACGGAUUCUAAGAAAUUGUGGGGAUGUUUAAAAGAGCGAUUGGAAUGGCAACAUGGCACGUUGCAUACACCAUCAGGAAACAAGAAAUUGUUGUGCUUGCUUGACGACCUCAACCUUGCUAAGGUGGAUGAAUUUGGAAGACAACCAGCAUGUGAAUUAAUUCGCCAACUGCUUGAUCAUGAACAAAUAUUUGAUCCGACAUCAUUAAAAUUAAAAACUAUUAAGUAUAUAAAUUACCUGGCCACAUGGAACCUUACAACUUCUGAAAGACUCUAUGCUCAACGUCUGCUGAGACAUUUCUGUAUUUUUAAUUGCCAGUAUCCAAGUCAAAGUGAUCAACACGGAAUAUUCAGCUCCUUGCUAAGUGCUCAUUUUAUGCAGCCAGCUACAGAAUUCAAGGCUGGGACGAACAGUGUUACCAUUGCUGACCAUUUGCAAGGACCAAUUUCAUCGAUUACUGCCAUUACCAUAGAGCUGCAAGAAAGACUGAGGACUGUGUUCUUGAGAACAUACCAACGCUGUCACUAUAUAUUCACACUUCGAGACCUUGCAAAAAUAUUCAGAAAUAUCUGUCUUUCCCUGGAUGGAAGCACCACUGCUGAGAAGAUCCUACGCUUAUGGAGGCAUGAAUGUGACUGGGUUUAUGGGCAUAAGAUGUCCAGCUCUGUGGAUUAUAGCCGAUAUCAAAGUGAAUAUGCAAUAUCAGUGAAAAAAGUAUUUACAAAUGAAGAAGAGCUGCACAUCAUACUGAGUACUGACCAGCCUUUGUUUAGUAACAUUAUUGAAGAUGACGGUGGGUUAAUAACCACUGUAGCUAAGCAGCAGGACUCAAAUUUGUUCAGGAGGAGUGAAAAAACAAGCAUCACAAUUCACACCCUAGACGGCUACCAGCAAACAUUUAAUUUAAUCCACACGAAGCAGUUAUUAGCGGAGGCGCUGAGAGAAUACAACAAAGCCAAUCCGAGAAUGAACAUCACUUUUUAUAAGAGUACAGUUGAUCUGUUAUGUCGUUUGACACGCAACAUUGGAAGUACUCACGAGAGCGCACAUACAAUGCUUUGUGGAGAAGGUUGUCCAAGAGCAACUGCUUCACUAGCCCGGCUAGCUGCACAUCUCUCUGGUUUUUCUGUGGUCCAAAUUGGGUCAUAUAACAAAGCAGAAACAGAAGAACAACAAUCUAAGAAAUUCAGAUCCCAGCUAGUAGACUGCUAUGUGAAAGCUGGUUUGAAGGGCCAAAAAAUAAUGAUUUUGCUGGCAGAGGAAGAGAUAGAUGAUACAACCCUGGUACAGAUAACAGAAUUCAUUGUUUUUGGAUCAGUUUCCCACUUAUUUACUUCGGAACAACAAGCAACCAUUGCAAAUGCCAUGAGAAGUGAGGUAACGAGUGCUGGUCUAACAUACUCUAAGGAAAGGUCAUGGGGUCUUUUCCUACAGGCAGUGCAGCAGAAUAUACGUUGGUUCCUUAUUUACAGCAGAACAGAAUCCACAUUUUAUAAAUGGUGUCUGGAAUUCUCUUCUCUCAUGAAUUCAAUAAAUGUUUACUUCAUUCCUCACUGGUCAAGUGAAUCCCUUGUAGAACAUGCAAGCUAUCAUAUUCAAGAUUUGGACAUAUGGACUGAACAAGAAAAAGAAAAUGUCUGCCAUCUCUUAUCAUCCAUGCAUCUUUCUGUCAUCAAACAUGAUAAAUUGGCACAAGUUAAGUAUGGCACCAUAACCAAUGAAACGUUUGAAAAAUUUGUACAUUGUUUCAGAGCCAUGGUGAAAAAUCAACAUGCUAUGAUAAUGGUUCAACACCAAGAAGCAAAGAAAAUCCUUGGUCAAAUUUUAGAAAAGCUAAAAUCUCAUGAGAAGCUUACAGGUGAUCUUCAGCAUCAAAGACUUGUUCUUGAGGAACAUAACCAGGGAACAUUAAAGAUCUUGUAUCAGAUUGCUCAAGAUAAAGCUGUUGUAGAACAGAAGAUCCUGAGUGUCCACCAGCAGCUACAGAAGAUACAGAAAUUUCAACGACUUCUUCCUGAAUAUCAAGCAGCACUUGAGAAAGCUCAGUAUAAAUGCUAUGCUCUUUUGGAAUACAUUAAAGAACUUGUGAAAGACAUGAAUAUUAAGGAAUUGGGAGAAUUGCGUGCAAUGCAGAAACCUGAUGUGGAUAUAGAGGAAUUAAUGGCCUCUAUCAUUAUAAUUCUAAAAUCACCAAACACUGAUUUGACUUGGGCAAAGGGAGCAAAGAGACAGAUGGCUAACAUCGAUCGCUUUCUGAAUGAACUUCUAACCUUCAGCACCAUAAAAUUGCCACAGUCUACCUUGGAACUACUAGAGAACAACAUUAAGAAAGCACAGUUUACACCAGAGAACAUGGAGCGAAAAGCUGGUGGCAAUUUGGCAGUAGGGACCCUUAUGAGAUGGCUUCAAGCUGCAGUACACUAUUACAGGAUCUUAACAUCUAAGGUGAAGCCUUUACAGGGCAAAGUGGAAGAAAUGACUGUGGCUUUAGAAGAAGCAGAACAGAAAAUGACUAGUCUACAGCAGAGAAAGAAUGCCCUUAUUUCUAGAUUAAGUGACCUGGAAAAAGGGUUUGAAGAAGCCACCGUGCAUAAAAACCAGCAACAACAAAAGACAACAGAAAUUUCAAAGAGGCUGGAGCAGGCAGAUAAUAUAUCAAAGAUUCUUGAAGAGGAGAACAAAACACACUCUGCUAUUGUAAAUUCCCUUGUUGAGAGGUUACAGGGAAUUCUAGGAAGCACUGCAAUGGCAGCAGGACUGCUAUCAUACCUGGGAGCUUAUGAACAUGACUUCAGACAAUUUCUACUAACAGUGGAAUGGCCUAUGGCGCUGAAAGAAAGAGGUUUUCCAUUAAUGAUAGAUUCAGUUGAUCCUGUUAAAGGACACGUCAUUGAAUUUUCUGUAAUAUUCAACUGCGAGUCUCCUAGGAAAAGUCAGAAAUUAGAACAAAAAGGAGAAGUUGACGAGUCUGAAAGUGAUAACGAAAAAGUGGGCUGGCAAAAAGAUGAAGAAGGAAUAAAUCCAAAUACACUGUCUCCCCACAAGCAAUUUUCACCCAUAAUUACCGAGGAACUCUAUGGGCAUUUCAUCAAGGCUCUGCUAUUGAGAAUGGUCAAAAGAACACAGAUCCAGAAAUGGGUUGCUGAAGACCUUACUCCUCAGCAGAUGGAGAACUCGGCCAUUCUAUCUUGCUCUUGGCAACAACCAGUAUUGCUCGUAGACCCCAGUUUUGAAGGUGAAAAGUGGAUUAAAGGAUGUCUGGAGUCAUCUCAGGGAACGUCAUUGUCAUCUAUAGAUCUCCAGCCAAGGCAGGACAACAGUGUUUUGGCACCUAUUGAAAAGACUCUAUUGUCUGGUCGCCCCCUAAUGCUCCAAAACUAUUCUAGAAAAUGGGAUGAUUUGCUAAUGCCGCUUCUAGAUCACUGUAGUGCAAAUGCUGACAAUAACAGUAAUGAAGAUAUUUCCUCCAUCAUUUCCUUCAAUGGGCAUAGACUGCUAUGCUCUGAUCAGUUCAAACUAUAUCUGGAGGCCUCUGAACUGGAGCCUAAUUUCAAUAUUGAAAUAAGUGCAGGGACAACCAUUAUUAACUACAGUUCCUCGGAAGGAAGUUUACUGGACCUGCUGCUUAGAAGAGCCUUUGCCAAACUCCAGCCUGAUCUUCACAGCCAAUUAAUGAAAUUAGCUGCUGAUAUUGUGGAACACCAGAAGACAUUGAAUCAACUUGAAGAGAGAGCUAGAGACUGUUUGUUAUCUUCUGACAUGAGCAUUGUAAAUGAUACCAUCAACAUAGCUGCUGUCAUUAAUGAGAAGAAAAGAGUGUUUGAGAUACUCGAAAUCACCAAAUCAAAUUAUCAAAGCCUGAUGCAAGCUAGGGAUAGUUUGUAUCCACUGGCCCAUCGAGGAUCUGUCUUCUAUUUUAUAUUGAAAUCUCUGCGCUCCCUUGCAGCAGAAUAUUAUUUUAACUUAGAGUCCUUUCUCAGGCUCUUUGAUGCAGUUAUUGGAGCACAAGCUGAUGGACAAGCCCUCAUUAAGAACGAGGAUGUAACCAUGUCAGCAGCUUUCUCUGCAAGUAAUCAAGAAAAUGAUUGCCGGUCCACCAGCACAGAAGACAUUCUGCCAGCUCCCCAAGGAACGGAUCUCAGCAGCUCUGUGGGAGCACACUACCCUAGUCUUUCUUCCAAUCAGAUUACAAAAGUGAUGGAUCAAUUAACCAGGGCAGUUUACCAAAGAAUGAUUCAGUGCCUUCUUCCAGAGCACAGUGUCCAAGCUUGUGCUUUACUGCUCUUACGUGCACAGCAACUAGAUAAUGAAGAUGCUUUCACUGAGGAGGAACUGGCCUUUUUUGCUCAUGACGGUGAUGUAUUUGAAUGGAAGAACACUGACUCUAAUCUUAUCCCACCAUCAUGGAUGCCUCAAGAAAGAUGGAAUGACUUAAUGGCUUUAUCUCUUGUCAGUAGUCCAUUAAGAACAUUUUCAAUGCAGGUCGCUGAACACUCCCUUGAAUGGGGAAGGUGGUACAAGACAGACUGCACAGAUAUUAACAACAAAGAUGAAGCUGCAGAUAAAGACAAGUUUCUACUGCUUCCUGACUGUGGAGAGGCAUCAUCUGAAAUGACAGACUUUCAAAGUUUGCUGAUUUUACGGGCUAUGCGUCCAGACAAGUUUCCUGCUGCUUUAUCCUACUAUGUUAGCAGAUUGGCCAGUGAUCUUGUAUAUGAUGAUUUUAUUCAUGGAAUUGAUGAUAUUGCAAAACUGGAAGAAGAUGUAAUUGGUGUUUUAGUCAUCAUGCCUUGUAAGAAUAUCAACGGUCCUUCUUAUGGGGGUGCUGUAUUCAACCACGAACCAAAAAUAUCUAUCUGUAAUGCUGCCAAGCAAAAAGGCAUCCCCUUGUUUGUAGCAAGUAUGAAAGACGGCAAGGACGAAGAGGUGAAAGAAGCAAUAAAUGAGGCAAUGAAUCGGAACGGCUGGUUAAUCAUUGAAGAUCUUCAGGUGGCCUCCAAAAAUAUGCUUAAAAACCUCUGUAAGAGCUUGAAAUAUGCCACAAAGAUGCAAGUUUCACAGAACGGAGGGAGGCAGUUUUGUGUCUGGCUAACAUCAGAGCCCGGUGCAGCUAUACCAAAACAUUUUCUGGCUCGACUUAAAAAAGUGUCUUGGCACAUUUUAGUUUCGAAUCAAAAAAACAGAAAGCCAUUGCUGAUGGAUGUCACAUAUACUGAUUCUCUUUCUGGAUUGUUAUAUUCAGCGAUUCUUUCUGCGGUUGACCAAGUAAAUGAGGAGACCAAUAUAAAGCUAAAGGAGAGUCCCACUACAGUUCGAAAUAUUUGUUAUGGGAUCUGUGUAUUACAUGGCAUUCUGCAAACACAGAAGAUAUAUCCAAUGACAGGGAUGAAUCACAUAAUGGAUGUGGGGCCUUUACAGCUAAAUCAGGCUAUUGAUGCAGCCUUGUCUGCCUUUCAAAAAGACAACGAGAAUGAAGAAUUUGCUGGUGCUGUGGAGGAAGGAGUAAGCAGUGUGUAUGGAAGUCUGUUUUGGACUCUUGAAGAUGUGACUUAUGUUCAUACUCUUGUGCAAGAAGUCAUUUCUGCCAGUCGGGAGCAACAGGGCUCUCUUGAAUUCAGCCAUCUAACAAUGUCUUUCCCCCCUGAAAAUGUGGAACCAUCACAGUAUUCCAACUGGCUGAUUUCCCAGAUGCACCAGAGUUACUCAGUUAAUGAGUUCCUUUUGUUAAGGGACACAGAAAAAUCUGCAAGCAAGACAUAUGUAUCAGAGUUCAUGCAUUCGUUGUCUUCGCUAUAUGAUGCUUUGAAAGGUGUUUUGCCAAUGUCUAUUCCUGGAAAUGAAUAUUCUGCUAAAGAACUGGCUGUUAUACGUGCCUUGAUAGAAACUGUGUCAGAACAGCUUCCUCCAUUAAUACAGAUUACUGAAGAUGAAUCAUUUAUUAACAAGUUUGAAACUCCAGGAGAGCAAUACAUGAUAAACCAAGUUCUUUUACAGGAGUGCAAUCAGAUGAAUUCCUACAUAAAAUAUAUCAAGACAGUAAUUUCUGAGUUAUUAAAAUGUUUAUUGUCUGGUUUAUCUCAUACACCAAAUCACCUCAAAGAAGCAGCAGAUGCUUUGCUAAAAUAUAAUGUACCGAGAUCAUGGCUUUAUCCCAACUACAGCUAUGCAGUUUGUCUUAAUAUUAGCAGUUGGUUGCAAGAUCUGGACAGGAAAUCCAAACAGCUAAAGCAAUGGUUGCAGAAAGGCUUAAUGCCUUUUGUCAAGGAUGAAAAGGGGGUUCUGACCUCCAUAAGCCCAGGAGGAAUGUUUAACCCAGAAGCCUUAUUUCUGGCACUAAGAACAGAAUUUGCAUUUCAUCAUGGAUAUUCAUUACACAAGGUGGUUCUCCAGUGUCACAUAAGCGAACAUCCUGACUAUAAGCCUGAACUGGAAAGAUAUCAGCUGUACCUCCAGAAGAUGAUUUUACAGGGAGCAGGAUGGGAUUUCAAAAAUAACUGCAUAAAGGAGUCAAGUAAUUUAGAAAAUCCUCUACCGUUUGUUAUUAUAUCUCCGACCCUUCUUGAAAAUGUAAAAUCAGAAGAAGAAGGAGGUUUUGAAACAUACAAAUGUCCUGUCUAUAUGGAUAAAACAAUGAAGAACUGUGUGACAAAAUUCCCACUUCUGUGCACUACACCUCUAAGACAAUGGAAGCUUAGAAGAGUGGCUAUUAUUCUAAAUUCAGAACUUGAUGUCACAUCAUCACAUGUGUCUUUUUCUUCAAAAGGAAAGGAGAUGCAAGCUCACUUUCCAAUGAGCAACAGACUGACAAAAAUGGGUAAAUCAUCACACGUAAAGAUUUUCAACAGAACAAGUGAAAGGGAAGAGUCUCUAGCCACUGAGCCACAAAUACAGAAGGAAUCCACAAGCAAUGGUGUUCAAAAUGAUAAUUCACAACCAUUAACAAAAGACAAUGAACUAUUAGAUGCAGUUGAUGAGAACAAAGAACCAGUUGAAAAUUCUCAAUCUGAAUUGAUGGACAAGGCUGGAGUUAGAGAUUCAUCUUUGUUUAUUAACCAGACAACAAUAAAUGAAGAAAUUAAGGACAGUGUUGGAGGAGAUAUAGUUAAUUCACUUCAAAACGCAUCUGUAUCUGAGGGUGAGGAUCACAGGGACCAGACAAAGAGGAUAAUGCAAGAAAAAGAUUUCACCGAGUCUGAAGCAGCUAAAAAAUGUUUUGAAGAGACUGUUAUUAGAGAAAGUUCAAUCAUGCAUACAAGUAGUUGUGAUUAUGACUCUGUUCCAAAUGAGGCUGGUCUUGGACAUAACAAUGGUGGUUUUGAUGAGACGGAAAGUCACAUUUAUCAAUAUGAUUUUACUGAUGACAGAAAAGAAAUGUUUGAGGAGAAUAUGCAUGGCUAAAAUAAUUGUGGGGCAUGUGAAAAUCAAGACAGCUCCAAUUAUUGAUAGAAAAAUCUGAAUAAUAAUGAACAAGACUUUGAUUACUAUAGUGAUGACAAAGAUGUUAUAGAAGCUCAUACUAAAAAUGAUGAGAAGACUGCAGUCAGAUACAAAUGCAUACUGACAAAAAGGGCAUGCCAACAGAUUUCUAAGUGAGUGAGUUAGUAUAAAGAGAUACAGUGUGUGAGCUCUCACUUGCCAAUCAACUGACAGUGUGAUAUCUGUAACAAUGCUAAAUGAUGUAAUUAUUUUAAGCUCCCUUUAUUUUGUGCAAAAGAUACUCAUUAAUAAUAUCAGAAUAAUAAGGAAACUUGCCAUCAAAUAAAAUAAAUUAAAUUAAAGAAAUCAAAUUUAAAAACAAAUUUAAAUAUGAAUAUUAUUUUACAUGUAAUUUAUUUUAU